AUGGAGGGUAAGCAAGUUAUUCCUUAUGCUGAUCCUUAUUAUCUAGGAAACUCAGAUAACUCGAACACACCAUUGGGAACGAUUGUCUUCAAUGGAAAGAACUAUGUCAACUGGAGCAGAAGCGUGAGGAUGGCUCUAGGGGCGAAAAACAAACUUGGAUUCAUCGAGGGUAAGAUACCUAAAUUAAAUGUUUCUUCUGAUGAUUAUAAUCAGUGGAUAAGGAAUGAUUGCAUGAUUAGAUGUUGGUUAUCUGCUAGUGUAACACCACAAAUUGCUGAACAAAUGUUGAUAGUGAACUCAGCUAGAGAGUUUUGGACUGAAUUAGCUGAGAGAUUUGGGCAGUCAAACGCUCCUCAGAUCUAUAUGCUUAGGAAAGAAUUGAAUGGGUUGAAACAGAACAACAUGAGUGUUUCAGAAUAUUUUGGGAAGCUUAAGGCUAGAUGGGAUCAACUUAAUAGUCUGGAGGGAAUGCCUGAAUGCACAUGUGGUAUUUUUAAUAAAUGUACAUGUAAUGUAAUGAAGAAGUUGUUGGAAAGAAAAGAAAAGAAGAAAGUGAUGGAUUUUCUGAUGGGAUUGAAUGAUGGUUAUGAUAACCAGAAAGAAAACAUCAUAGGCAUGGAUCCAUUGCCUAGUGUUAAUAGGGCACAUCAGAUGGUUUUACAAGUUGAAAAGCAGAAAGAAAUAUCAGGAUUGGAUGAGGUAGGAUCAGAGGCAAGUGCUUUACUAGCUGCUAAGCCAUUCCAUGGAAAUAAGCUGAACAACAGACAAAAUUACAAGAAUAAUUAUCAGAAUGGUAUUAUCGGAGAAGAGAGACCAAGGAAGAAAAAGAAAAGAAAUGGUGUGAAAACUGCAAAAUGA